GGCUCACAGUGUGUGAAGAAGCUUCCCUCAGGAAGGACUACAAUCAACUCUCUCCACAAUCAACAAGAGUUUUACCACGCCACUGGGGAAGCUACUGAAACAAGUUACCGUUUAUGAACUGCGGAUAAAGACACAACUCUUUUAAUGUCGGUCAUAGACUUGCCGGAUUGAAUAUCAAGGAAAAAAAAAAAGCUCUAUCGUCUGUUCCACUUGAAGCUGUUAACAUAGAUCUCCCCACCUGGAUGAUAACGUGCGCAAGGAUUUGAAUAUUUUGCCAAUCGCUCUUGGGAAUAACAGUCAAGGGAAGAAGGAAACAUUCAGGAUUUAAGUAAAGGAUUACUUCUUCACACAUUUCCUCUGGAUAUUUUUCUUAUUUUCAUAUUGUAAUGGGUUUUAGUCUAUGAUUGCGUGAGAGCUGCGAGAGCAGAGCAGGGACCGAGAGGGAGCAGUGCCAACCUGGAACAUGGUGCCUAAUAUUUGCACAUCCGUGCCCCUCCUGCCCGUCGGGCUUCCUCUUCUGCUACUGCUGAGCUGCGUGCAAUUCUCCUCUCAAGCAGACAGCUUGCCAAAUUUCAUCAAAUCUCCAGAGGACCAGACGGGGAUUUCGGGAGGAGUGGCAUCCUUUGUGUGCCAAGCAGCGGGUGAGCCCAAGCCUCGGAUCACAUGGAUGAAGAAAGGAAAGAAAGUUAGCUCCCAGCGCUUUGAGGUGAUUGAAUUUGAUGAUGGCGCGGGCUCAGUUCUCCGCAUACAGCCGCUGCGCACUCACAGAGACGAGGCCAUCUACGAGUGCACAGCCACCAACAGCGUGGGAGAAAUUAACACCAGUGCCAAACUUACUGUGCUGGAAGAAAACCAGAUUCCUCAUGGCUUCCCAACCAUAGACAUGGGCCCUCAGCUGAAAGUGGUUGAGCGAACAAGAACAACCACGAUGCUCUGUGCCGCCAGUGGGAACCCUGACCCAGAGAUCACUUGGUUCAAAGACUUCCUGCCUGUAGACAUCAAUGGCAAUGGGCGAAUCAAACAACUUCGUUCAGGGGGUUCGCCGAUACGAGGGGCUCUGCAGAUUGAAAACAGCGAGGAAACGGACCAGGGCAAGUACGAAUGCGUGGCUACGAACAGCGCCGGGACGCGCUACUCUGCCCCCGCCAAUCUCUACGUGCGAGACCCUCGAGGAGCACUGCCUCGAGGAGACCAUCGAGAAGUACGACGAGUGCCGCCCCGUUUCUCUAUCCCACCUACCAACCAUGAGGUGAUGCCAGGAGGCAGUGUCAACCUCACCUGUGUAGCGGUGGGUGCCCCCAUGCCCUAUGUCAAAUGGAUGGCUGGAGACGUGGAGCUCACCAAGGACGAGGAGAUGCCCGUGGGUCGCAAUGUCCUGGAGCUCACCAACAUCCGCCAAUCGACCAACUACACCUGCGUGGCUAUCUCAUCUCUUGGUAUGAUCGAGGCAACCGCACAAGUUUCGGUCAAAGCACUCCCAAAGCCUCCUACGUCUCUAAUUGUGACGGAAACUACAGCUACCAGUGUUACAUUGACAUGGGAUUCUGGAAACCCUGAACCUGUAUCUUACUACAUUAUCCAGUACCGGGCCAAGUCCUCGGACACUAACUUCCAGGAAGUGGACGGUGUUGCCACUACACGCUAUAGCAUCGGUGGUCUCAGCCCUUAUUCUGAGUAUGAGUUCCGUGUUAUGGCGGUCAACAACAUUGGCCGUGGUCCACCCAGUGACCCAGUUGAAACACGGACUGGGGAGCAGGCACCGUCCUCCCCACCACUGCAUGUCCAGGCACGUAUGCUGAGUGCCAGCACCAUGUUGGUGCAGUGGGAACCGCCAGAAGAACCUAAUGGUCAGAUUAGAGGCUAUCGCAUCUACUAUACAUCUGACCUGGACGCGCCUCUCAGUGCCUGGCAGAAACACAACACGGAUGACAGCCGUCUCACAACCAUCUCGAGCCUGACUCCCGACAUCACCUACAGCCUACGUGUGUUGGGCUUCACAUCUGUAGGGGACGGACCCCCAUCUGACGUGUUGCAGGUCAAGACUCAGCAAGGAGUACCUGCUCAGCCUUCCAACUUUGAGGCAGAAGCAGAGCUGGAUACACGGAUCCAGCUUACUUGGUUGUGGCCAGUCCAGGACCCCAUCAUCAAAUAUGAGCUGCUUUAUUGGGAAGCUGAAUUGGAGAACAAGAUCCAUGUGACGUUUGACCCUGCCGGCUCAUACGCUGUUGAAGGUCUAAAGCCGGACACUCCGUAUAAAUUCUCCUUGGCGGCCCGCUCUGAAAUGGGGCUAGGGGUCUUCACUCAACCCAUUGAGGCCAAGACUGCCCAGUCCACCCCCUCUGCCCCCCCUCAAGACGUGCACCUGCUCAGUCUGAGCUCCACCAGCAUCAAGGUGAGUUGGGUGGCACCACCCGCCGCUAGUCGCCAUGGCGCUAUCGUGCGCUACACAGUCAGCUACCAGGCAGUGAACAGUGAAGACACUGAGCGUCAUGAGGUACCGGACAUUGGAGCAGAUGCCACCAGUUAUGUGCUGGAGGGCCUGGAAAAGUGGACGGAGUAUCAGGUGUGGGUGAGAGCUCACACCGAUGUGGGCCCUGGCCCUGAGAGCACAGCUGUGCGUGUCCGUACCAACGAGGACGUGCCUGGAGCGCCACCUCGGAAAGUUGAAGUAGAGGCUGUGAACUCCACAGCUAUUCGUGUGACAUGGAAGCCGCCUCUUUCUGGGAAGCAGCACGGCCAGAUCCGAGGAUACCAGGUCAUAUACUCUCGCCUGGAGAACGGGGAGCCACGUAGUCAGCCAAAUAUAUUGGAUGUCGCUCUGCCAGAAGCACAGUGGAAAAUUGAAGAGUCCACGGAAUAUGAGGCUGUAAUCACUGGACUUCUCUCCGAGACCUCUUACUCCGUUACUGUGGCAGCGUACACAACCAAGGGUGAUGGGGCACGCAGCAAAGCCAAAGUCGUCACCACCACCGGAGCAGUGCCUGGGAAACCCACCAUGAUCAUCAGCACCACGAUUGGCAACACAGCCCUCAUCCAAUGGCAGCCUCCUAAGGACAUGGUGGGUGAGCUGAUUGGCUACCGACUGCGGUACAAGCGCGUGGAGGAGGAGAACUACGAAGUGCGUGAGUUCGCACGCACUGACGACCACCACACCGCCACAGAACUACACAAGGGCGCCACCUACACCUUCCACCUGAGCGCCAGGAACCGCGCUGGAGCCGGAGAGGAGUAUAUAAAAGAGAUCAGCACCCCGGAGGACGUGCCAAGUGGGUUUCCCCUUAACCUACGCGUCGUGGGCCUGACCACCUCCACCACCCGCCUUGCCUGGGACCCCCCGGCCCUGUCUGAGUGCAACGGCCGAAUCACGCAAUACCUAGUGAUGUACCGCGACAUCAACAACAUACAGAACGGCACCAAUCGCACCUCCGACACUCAGAUGACCAUCCAAGGGCUUCGACCAGACACCACCUAUGAUAUCCGUGUGCAAGCCUUCACCAGCAAGGGAGGGGGUCCCAUGAGUCCUAGUAUCCAGAGCAGGACCAUGUCUACAUCACCUGCAUUUGCCACAAGUUUUGGUGUCAAAGCUGUGAUGAAAACCUCAGUCCUUCUCACCUGGGAAGUACCAGAAAAUUAUAAAUCCCUAGUGCCUUUUAAGAUCCUCUAUAACCAGCAGAGUGUGGAAGUCCAGGGCAACCUCAAAAGGAAGCUGAUCACACGACUGCAGCCGGACACUAAUUACUCCUUCGUGCUGAUGAGCCGGGGGAACAGCGCUGGUGGCCUGCAGCAGCAGGUCUCGAUCCGAACCGCACCGGACCUGUUCAAAACUAAACCUGCCCUGUUCACAGCAGACCAGACCAGCAAUGGUAAACUCACCAUCAACCUGCCCAAAGUGCCCACCACUGCUCCUGUCAGAUGGUACUACAUUGUGGUAGUUCCCGUGUCUCUUGCAUCAUCUCGUAAGUGGGUUAAUCCUGAUGAGAUGGAGCUGGAUGAGCUCUUGGAGUCUACUGAGGGAGCUCUGCUCAGGAGACGACGUCACGCGGACACUGUUAGGUCGUACAUCGCCGCAAAGCUGUCCUCCCUCCCAGAGACCUUCACCCUGGGUGAUGAAGAGACGUACAAUGGCUUCUACAACCGUCCCCUUUCUAACAACUACUUUCAGUGCUUUGUCAUGGCCGAACUCAAGGACCAAUACCCCGUUAUUGCCAAUGAGAAGCAGCGGACCUUCUCGGCCAGCCCUUACUCGGACCCCAUCGUUGUGGAUAAACACAUUGUGCAGCCCAGCGUGGAACAGCCUGAGAUGCUUUGGGUUAUGGGCCCUGUUCUUGCAGUAGUGCUAAUCGUCAUCAUAGUCAUUGCCAUCCUUCUCUUCAAGAGCAAACAGGAGAGGAAGAGGGCGUCCCCCCUACCGAAAGAUGAUCACUCUGGCGGUGUGAAGGAUUGUCUUCUGGCCAACUCGUCUGAUCCUGUAGAAAUGAGGAGACUCAACUAUCAGACACCAGGAAUGAGGGAACAUCCUCCCAUUUCUGUCUGUGAGCUAGCAGACCACAUUGAGCGACUCAAGGCCAACGAUUCUCUCCGGUUUUCCCAGGAGUAUGAGUCCAUUGAUCCAGGCCAGCAGUUCACAUGGGAGAACUCCAACUUGGAGGUCAACAAGCCAAAGAACCGCUAUGCCAACGUUAUUGCUUACGACCACUCGAGAGUUGUUCUCACCCCCGUGGACGGUGUUCCAGGCAGCGACUACAUCAAUUCUAACUACAUUGAUGGUUACCGUAAGCAGAAUGCCUACAUUGCCACGCAGGGCCCUCUGCCUGAGACUCUGAGCGACUUCUGGAGGAUGGUUUGGGAGCAGAGAGCCAGUACCAUAGUCAUGAUGACCAGACUGGAAGAGAAGUCCAGGGUCAAGUGUGACCAGUAUUGGCCCAUUCGUGGCACAGAGACUUACGGAAUGAUCCAAGUGACCAUGCUUGACGCUGUUGAGUUGGCAACUUACAGUGUGCGCACCUUUGCCCUUUACAAGAAUGGCUCUAGCGAGAAGCGUGAGGUCAGGCAGUUCCAGUUCAUGGCCUGGCCAGACCACGGAGUGCCUGAAUAUCCCACCCCCAUCCUAGCCUUCCUGCGCAGGGUCAAAGCCUGCAACCCUCCUGAUGCUGGACCCAUGGUAGUGCACUGCAGUGCUGGAGUGGGCCGCACGGGCUGCUUCAUAGUUAUUGACGCCAUGCUGGAGCGAAUGAAACACGAGAAGACGGUAGACAUUUAUGGCCACGUCACAUGCAUGAGAGCCCAGAGGAACUACAUGGUGCAGACGGAGGACCAGUACAUCUUCAUCCACGAGGCCUUGCUGGAAGCUGCCACCUGUGGAAACACAGAAGUCCCUGCCCGAAACCUUUACGCCCACAUCCAGAAGCUCACCCAGCCGCCUCCGGGAGAGACCGUCACAGCAAUGGAGCUGGAGUUUAAGAGACUCGCCAACUCCAAAGCCCACACCUCGCGAUUCAUCAGCGCCAACCUGCCCUGCAACAAGUUCAAGAACCGGCUCGUCAAUAUCAUGCCUUUCGAGUCCACACGGGUGUGCCUGCAGCCAAUCCGAGGAGUGGAGGGGUCUGACUACAUCAAUGCCAGCUGCAUCGAUGGAUACAGACAGCAAAAGGCCUAUAUUGCCACUCAGGGCCCUCUAGCAGAGACCACUGAGGAUUUCUGGAGGAUGUUAUGGGAGCACAAUUCCACUAUUGUAGUGAUGCUGACCAAACUCAGAGAGAUGGGACGGGAGAAGUGUCACCAGUACUGGCCAGCUGAGCGCUCGGCCCGCUAUCAGUACUUCGUGGUGGAUCCCAUGGCUGAAUACAACAUGCCCCAGUACAUCCUGCGAGAGUUUAAAGUCACAGAUGCCAGGGACGGUCAAUCUAGAACCAUUCGGCAGUUCCAGUUCACUGAUUGGCCAGAGCAAGGAGUGCCAAAAACCGGCGAGGGGUUCAUUGAUUUCAUUGGCCAAGUUCAUAAAACUAAGGAGCAGUUUGGGCAAGAUGGACCAAUCACUGUGCACUGCAGUGCUGGAGUGGGAAGAACAGGUGUUUUCAUCACUCUAAGUAUUGUCCUGGAGAGGAUGAGAUAUGAGGGUGUGGUGGAUCUGUUCCAGACCGUUAAGACCCUGCGCACACAAAGACCUGCCAUGGUGCAGACAGAGGACCAGUACCAGCUGUGCUACAGAGCCGCUUUGGAGUACCUGGGGAGCUUUGAUCACUAUGCAACGUAACCACUCCUGGACCACAGCCCUCUGGUACAACUCUUCAGGAGUGCACCAAGUGUUCCUUCUGAGCCACCGCUCCCAUCCCCAUCCUGUACAGAG